AUGGUCCCAGGGAUGUUCAGACAUCUGCUAUUAGCGUUUCUUAGUAGUUUUCUGAUACAUGCUCAGGAUCAACCAGGCUUCAUUAAUAUAGAUUGUGGUUUACCAGAAAAUUAUAGCUAUACUGAAAAUGAAACCGGUCUAGCCUAUAUAUCGGAUGCAGCCUUCAUUGACACUGGCAUCAGCAUGAGCGUGUCACCUGAAUUCUUAAGUGAUAGCCAGUGGCAGCCACUCCAGCAUGUCAGAAGCUUUCCUCAAGGAAUCAGAAACUGUUACAGUAUAGAACUAAGCAGAGGUAAUAAAUAUUUGAUCCGAGCAAAUUUCUUCUACGGAAAUUAUGAUCUGCAACGUAGAGUGCCAGAGUUUGAACUGCAUCUUGGAGCUAAUUUGUGGGAUAUCGUGAAACUGCCUGAUGCAUCAGCUUGGAUAGUCUGGGAGAUCAUACAUGUACCAUCAUCAAAUUAUCUCUCGCUCUGUCUAGUGGACACAGGAUUUGGGACACCUUUCAUAUCAGCAAUAGAAUUAAGGCCGUUGAGAAAUUCUAUCUAUGAAAUUCAAUCCGGAUCACUGGAACUCUAUUGGCGGUACGACAUUGCUUCAUCAACUAAUCAAAUAUUCAGGUAUAAAAUAGAUGAAUAUGAUCGUACCUGGUGGCCUUACAAUUACCAAACCUGGGAUCAGUUAAACACCUCGCUUUCCAUUGACUCCCAAAAAAAUGAUUUCAAGCCACCAUCAGUUAUCAUGGGGACUGCCGCAGUGCCAAAAAAUAAAAGCAUGCCCUUGAGUUUAUUUUUACAAGCAAGUAAUCAGACCAACAAAUUUUAUGCCUAUAUGUACUUUGCUGAAGUUGAAAAGCUCCAAGCAAACCAGUUCAGAGAGUUCAACAUAUCUCUUAACGGACAACAUUGGUCUGGACCUCAUUCUCCUGCCUAUUUAGAAGCAUCUACUGUCUAUAAAACAUCACCAUUGACAGGCCAACUAGAGUACGAGUUUUUAAUCUACAAAGCAAGAAAUUCAUCGCUUGCACCAAUAAUCAAUGCCAUUGAGGUAUACAAGGUGAACGAACUCCCACAACUACAAACAAACCAAGAUGAUGUUGAUGCCGUUAAAAAUAUCCAAUCAACAUAUAAAAUCAAGAGAAACUGGCAAGGAGAUCCUUGUGCUCCUGAAGCUUACGUGUGGAACGGUCUUAACUGCAGUUACAAUGAUUCACCAAGAAUAAUCUCCAUGGAUUUGUCAAACAAUAGUUUAGUGGGAGAAGUGCCUAGUUUUCUGUCCAAACUGCCACUCCUGAGGGUCCUAAAUUUGAAGAAAAACAAACUCAUAGGUUCAGUUCCAGUUGAACUCAUCCUAAGAUCAAAAGAUGGUUCACUAAUACUGAGUUCUGUUGCCGUGAAAAUGCUUUCGUCAUCAUCAGUCCAAAGCUACAAGCACUUUCAGGCAGAGGCAAAGCUUCUUCUAGGAGUUCACCACAGAAACUUGAUAAAUCUUGUUGGGUAUUGCAAUGAAGGUGGACUUAUUUAUGAAUACAUGGCUAAUGGAAGCUUAGAGGAACUUCUGUCAGAUAGCAGCAAACAUUUCUUGAAUUGGGAGGGGAGACUACGAGUAGCAUUGGAUGCAGCACAAGGACUGGAAUAUCUACAUAAGUAUUGUAAGCCCACCAUGGUACACGGAAAUGUGAAGUCCAGUAACAUCUUAAUAAAUGAUGAAUUUCAAGUCAAGCUAGCAGAUUUUGGGUUAUCCGGGACCUUUCCAAAUGAUGAAGGCACUUUCUUGACCUCUGCUGCUGGGACACCAGGGUAUCCUGGUCAUGAGUAUUCAGAUUCAAAGAGGUUAAGCGAGAAAACUGAUGUGUACAGCUUUGGGAUUGUUCUUCUGGAGAUGUUCACAGGGAAACCUUCUAUUUCAAGAACAUCUGAGAAGGCUCAUAAAGAUCUCGUUGAACGAUUGAGUUCUAUGCUUGCAAAAGGAGAUAUUGAAAAGAUAGUUGAUCCAAGAUUAAAAGGAAACUUUGGCACUCAAUCUGUCAGGCAAACCGUAGAGGUAGCAAUGGCUUGCAUAUCUGCAGCUGGGACUGGAAGGCUAACCAUGGAUGUGGUAGCAAUGGAAUUGAAUCAGUGUAUAGCAGUUGAGAUUGCUCAAAACAAAAAGGGCCAUGAAAGCAAAGAAAAAGGUUCGAUUGAGAUGAUCACCAUGAAUUUGGACGAUGAUGAAUCAAUUCUAUUGGGAAGGUAG